AUUAAGUUAUGGAUUUGACAAUGUCUCUCGAACAACUAUAAUGCAUAGAAGACGAUCGACAGUACUACCAAUCGAUUAGUAAAUCGACUCAAUAGCAAUCGUAUUAGUCAAUAGCCACAUUAUAAUCUGAUCAGUCGAUUGAAUCAUUGGAAAAAUUGGUAUCGCAAGAGAUUGUUAAGGAUUCGAACUUGAAGCUUGAAUUGGAUCAGUUCAUAGGGCUAUUAUAAAAAGUGAAGCCAUCGAAUUUGAAAAAUGAGCUCUCAGUUGUGAUGAGCACGGAACAAGAGGAAUAUUAUAGUUUUCAGUAGAAACAACCUUUGGAUAGAAAGGAGAUUAUGUUUGAAGGGUUUUAGAAAUGCUAUGUCGAGGCAAUAAAAAUAAUUAGCAAUUUAAUAAGGGAUUCAAAGGAAUAAAAUUAUAUAAUCUCAUAUUUGGAGAAGAUGCAAAUGAUUUAUGUAUACUUAAAAUUGCAAUAAUUAGAUUAUGCAUAUCUAGAGCUAUUAAGGCAUGGAAAAGUCCAUGAAUCUUCUGAAUAGUUUAAAGCAAACUCUAAUUGAUGCUGAUCAGGAAAUCACUCUAUUGCACAACCAAACAGCAGAGUAGUAGCAGAUCCUGUAGAAGAUGUAAUUGCAGCUCAAGCAAAGCAUGAGUGAACUCAAUUAAGAAAGGUUAAAUUCAUUGGAUUUAUAAUAAAAAAAUUAGCAAUUGAAGCAUUUGAUUUUGGUGGCUAAUAAAUAGUUUGAAUCUUUAUAAGAGAAGCUGCUGCAAACUGAACAGGAAUUGAAUGAGAUUGUAUCGACUUAGAGUUAGCAGAUCAAAUAAUUAGUUUAAACAAAUAAAAAUUUGAGAGAAGCCAUUGUAUUUAAUGAUAAGAAAUAAGAAAAUCCUAAGAAAGUCAAUUGUUCUCCAUUGAGCUCGCAAAGGAAUACAGUUAGCAGUAAUUAGGAGAAUCAGUAUAAUCAACUGAAUAAUCAGUUGACUCUUAAUUCCCAAAGAGCAAACAAUAUAGAUAAAGGGAUCACGAAUACAUCUCCUUAGCAAUCCCAGAGAUGCACAUCUAAUAAAAGAGAAUGGAAUAAAUGUACGAAAAUAUUCAAAUGA